AAUUGUACCUUCUUCACUUCUCAGGUUCAGGUUGGUCUCUCCUCGAACCUACACUCAUCCCAUACGAUCGGCGACGUUUCACCGGAGGCUUUGUCAGACGGCGGCUCCGGCGUUCCUCUCCCACACUGGCUAAUCGGUUGUGUUGGAGCGUGGCUUGACAAUUUCUCUCUUCUCGCCACAAUUCCCUUCUGCUCUUCUUCCGCUCGCAAAUAUUUAGAACCCUAAUUUCUACAAUCGGUUGUUUAGAGCGUUGGUCGAUUGAAGCCUCUCUUCCCAUCCUGUUCAGCCGAUUCGUAACUCCAUUUUCUUCUUUCGCCUGGGGCCUCGAUCGUCACCAAUGGAAGGGCAAAUCCAGGAGAUAAAGAAGUGGGUCGUCCUCUACCCGGUUUACAUCAACUCGAAGAAGACGAUCGCCGAGGGCAGGCGGAUCUGCGCGGCGAAAGCGUGCGAGAACCCCACUUGCAUCGAGAUCGGGGACUGUUGCAGCCAUCUUAAGCUCCGUUAUGCCAUCGAGAUUGAUAAGGCGUAUCCGCGAGAUUUCAUGCAGAGAGGGAGAGUGAGGGUUUUGCUCAAGAGAGAGGAUGGGACUCUGUACAAUCCAGCCAUAUCUUCCAGAAAACAGCUCAUGCUUCAUGUUGCAGAGUUGGUUCCAAGACAUCCUGGACGGACCAAGAAGCAAGAGCCUGCAUCCACCACGAGUACUGGAGCUUCGAAAUCCGGCAAGAGCGGGAAAAAGAAGAGAUAGUCAAAUGUUGUUGCGAAUGCAUUUUAACAGUUUUAGUUCAAACAUUAGUGAAUUUGGCAGAGGCCUUUCUUCUUUAAUUCAAACUUCAGUUUGUGUUUCUGAAAUGAAUGGUGUGAAGCGAACUUUAACAGCUUUCCCUAUUUAUGUGAAAAAGAAAUUAACUCAA